GCACAGCCCUGGAGGCAGAUCUAACAGUGUCAGUCCAGCGCUGCGGCUUCACACAGACAGGAGGAAUCCACCUCCACCAGCACACCAUGAUUCAAAGUGACGCUCAUCUCCACCGCUGUCGGCCUGACUGCUCCGGGACUGCUCUGACCUUCCUAAAUGAAUAACUAAAUGAGUCAGAUCCUGAGGGAAGAGCCCAGAAGAGCGCUCUCUUGUUGCAGUGGAGGAGUUUACCAGUUUCAUCCUCGGGGUCCCGGCGCAGGUCUGCGUGCUCUCUGCUGCUUUAAAGGGGUUUCCCCAGCUUUUCCCUCUCUGUCGCCGGCUCACCUGCACAGGGAGAACCAUGCGCUCCCGGGCUGCGCUCUCUCGGAUUAGCUCCAUGCUUUCCCUCCUAUUUCUCCUCUUCCCGCCCCCUGUUUUCUCCUCCUCGUCUCCGUCUCGUCCCCGAUGGGUUCUUCAGCGUGUCCCUGUGGUCCUUCCACAGCAUACGGAGGAUCGACCGGCACCACGCUUCCUGUCUCCAGCCCGCCUUGAGGUCACUUCCUCCUGUGACCCAGAGUGCCAUAAGACAGCCCCACGCCCGAGCUACUGGGAUCUACGGGAUCACCUGGCCUACGAGACGCUCCAUUCAAAUGGACAUCUCACUGAGACCACCAUUGGUAUCUAUGGCUACAACGCCAAGGCUAAUACCAGCCCAGCCUAUUCUUCCAAUGGAAAGGCUCAGCAGUCACACAUCAGGCGAAGACGACAGAUCUUUGGCCACGAUGGGCGUUUCAGUAUUGCUGGGCAGAACUUCCUGCUUAAAUACCCGUUUUCAGUGGCUGUCAAAUUGUCCACCGGGUGUUCUGGCACCCUGGUGGGUGACCGCCACGUUCUCACGGCUGCCCACUGUGUUCAUGAUGGGAAGAACUAUGUGAAAGGAGCCCAGAGGCUUCGUGUUGGGUUUUUAAAACCCAAGCAACGAGACGCUCAGUCCUCUUCCCUCUCCUCCAACUUCACCAAUCAUGUUGAAGGCGGUCCUGCUCCUUACACCCCACCAUCCAAUGACAAAAUGAAGUUCCAGUGGAUCAGAGCAAAGCGUACUCACGUGCCCAAAGGGUGGAUCAAAGGGAGCACCAAUGACAUUGGUAUGGACUAUGACUAUGCUCUUCUUGAACUCAAGAAACCCCACAAGCGUCGCCACAUGAAGUUGGGAGUCAGCCCCCCUGCCCAGCGGCUCCCUGGUCGCCGGGUCCAGUUCUCAGGAUUUGAUAAUGACCGUCCAGGCCAGCUGGUGUACCGGUUCUGUCGUGCUGGUGAGGAGACGUCAGACCUGCUGUACCAGCACUGUGACGCACAGCCUGGUGCCAGUGGGUCGGGAGUCUAUGCCCGUAUGUGGGACGGGCGGCGCCGGCGCUGGGAGCGCAAGGUGAUAGGUGUGUUUUCUGGGCAUCAGUGGGUGGAACGACAAGGAGCGUCUCAGGAGUUCAAUGUAGCAGUGAGAAUUACUCCUCUCAAAUAUGCCCAGAUCUGCUACUGGAUAAAAGGAAACUAUGUGGACUGCCGUGAGGGGUGAAGAGAAGGCAGGAGGUAGGAUGACAUCAACGUAUGUAGGUUUAAUGGAAAAUUCUUCCCCAAAAUACAAUAUAUAUGUAUAUGUUUAUAUUUUCCCCAUUUAUCUAGUGUAAUCUAUUCAUGCAGUUUCUGUAUGAUUUAGAGAAGUGUCCAGCCUGCUACAAUCACCCUGUCUCCUGGUUGAGGGUAUUCAGUUGUGGGUUUUUGUACUCACUCCUAAUUUGUACUACUUGGGGGUGAAAGAUAAAGUUUGACUGUGUUCUAUAGUUCCCGGUGAAAAUCUUUGCCCCCAAGGACGAUGGAUUAUGUUGGAUGUGUAUGUAAUUGCUUUUGGAAAGAGCUGCUGUUGCUGGGUUUUUUCACAUGUACAUUUUGGGCUGUUUGGGCUCCACAAAUACCCACCUAGUGCCGGAAGACAGGCAGGAUCACAGCAGACUAGAAACCUUGCCAAAUCACACGAAAACUAUGCAUAGACUGUACUGGGGCAAAGUAGGAACAUAUAUAUAUUUGUAUUUUGGGUGAGCUGUUCUUUUAAAGAGACAUGAACAAUGUAAAUACAGACACUGACACAGACAUGACAGACAAAGCCAGCGAUGACCGUAUGUAGUGUAAAAGGCGGACAACCUUGUUCAUUUCAUUUACAAAAUACCGUAAUAGCGCAUGUUCACUAACAUUUCAACUGUGCUGAUCAUUCAGUUGUGUCCAUAGAAAUGAACUCAGCCAUAGUUCAAGGAACAGGACAGGAACAGAGAAUGCCAUGUUACUUUGCAUUAUAGCCUCUUUCUUCUGCUUAUACUAAAGAUUGCACUGUCAAAACAUUUGAAGAAUUUCUACUGUAAACAAUUGUUAUUUUUGUGGAUGAAUGUACAAAUGUCUGCUACCAAAGGUGCCAAUUCUUUUUCUCCAAAGUAUUAUGUAUCUCCUAUCUUGGGGUAUUGCAUAUUUACAUGCAUAGUAUAUUCUGUCAGCUAACUUACACCGUUGAGGUAAAACAUUCCAGUUGUUAUACUUUGACUGACUUUAAAUGAGAGCAGAUACUUCCAGGUCAUGGAUUAGAGACAUUAUGAAGCUCGUUUCUUUGAAUGCUGUACUUAAUCAUGAACACUUGGCUCCCUCUGGUGGGAAAAGUGUAAGCAGAUAACACACCAGCAAUGAACGUACACAGCCUGGUGUAGCCGUAUGUAAGCACUUUUUACAUUCUCUAUUGAUUAAUGUUUGUGAGAUGGUAUCACGUGUGUUUCUGAAGAGAGACUGGCACAGUUUAUGAAAUAUAUGCUUUAAAAUAA